CAUAGAUAUUACGGAAAAUGAACAAUUUCAUUCUCCCACUGGUAGCUACACGUCGUUAUUGCAUUGGUAAAAAUUUAUACCAAUCCGCAUGAUCAAAGGAGGCCGCCAUUAACAACGAACAAUGCCCAAUGUCUUUUUGAACUGUAAUUUUCAUGAUGUAUUAACCAACUAGUUAUAAAUAAGACAGUUAAAAAGUGUGCAACAGACAGAUACAAGAACAAAAGAGGUGAAUAGGAAAGACAGUCAUACAAAACAAGUUCUGUAGUUCACAGAGGCAGAAACUGGAGUGAAGAAAAUCACUACUGUAGAAUACAGAGUGCGUAAAAUAUUCACGUGAACAUCCAAGAUGUCUGACCUGGAUGUAUUGAAGGAGAUACCAGGAUAUAAAGCUAUCCUGAAGUCUGUGCUCAAAUCACAAAUACAACUGUUGAUGGAACAGUUGUCAGAGCAUACAGGUGAAGAAUCUAUCAUCCUUACAGCCAGUGUAAAUGAUGGCUCUCUGUCUCACCUUGGUUCUAACACCGGUAAAGGCUUUUUAGAAGGUCGUGAUGAAAUCAAGUCACAGUUUCUUGGAUAUUGUCUUAAAACUUAUCACAAAAAGAAAACACAUGAACCACAGAAACCAUACCAGAGAACUCAUUCUAGUCCACGCUCGCCUGCUCAGCUACCAACACCACCAGCCAAACGUCCCAGAGUUCAUCCAGUUAGUAUCUCCAGGGCCUCGUCCCAAGACAUAUAUCCACAGCCAAGUGAGAUAUUGAGUGACGCUAGUGAUUCAAAUGUAGGAUAUGGAAAUACAGGUGCUAAUACAGACAGUAAUUUGUCAGUGAAAACUGAACAGUUGGAUUAUCAGAACUCAGACAUUCCUCAAAAUCAACAAGUGGCUGAAUCAAAUGAGUCAGUGACAUUUACGGCCGCCGAAAAAUCUAUCCCCGAAUCUGUACAUCUUUCACAUACUCAGACUUCAAGUGUAGCUGGUGAAAUGGCUGCAGAAGUGGACAAUGAUCAAGAGAAAAAUGAAACAGAAAGAACUGAAAUAUCUGAUUUGUCAGGUAUUAAGGUUGAGCAGGUUGAAGAUGAGUUAGAGAUUACGGGGGUAGAAAUGGCCGCCAGUAACCUUGACAACUGGGGUCAAGGUCAACCAGGACUUGGAGCAGAAAGCGACAGUUCUUUUGACCAAUCAACAGACCAGUCGGGAUACAACAAAGAGCUGCAGCAGAGGUCAUGCACUAACUCCGUGCUAAAAUUACUUGAGGAAAUAAGAACUGAAAGUCAUCAUGUCACUGAGAAAGCAAGCCAGGGACAGACUGACAAGUUUAAAAGGUUCGUGACAUAUGGGCAGCUUCGUGAGAUCUUAGAUGGGUAUGUCCGGAGGUCCGAUUUCAAAGAAUUGAAGAGAAGACUGGAAAAUGCUCCUCUUGUAAAUGAAAUGGAGCAAGAAUUUGAAGAAAUAAUGAAGCGUCAAAAGAAUGCGGUCAUAGCAGUGGAAGCUGAAACUGAAAGUCCAGUGACUCUAGAUAGAAAGUAA